AUGUCUGAGGGAGACGAGUCCGCGAAACUAUGGAAGGUCAACCGCACGAUACAUGAACUCGUAAAGGACAGGGGUUUCCAAGUCUCCGACGAUGAGAUUAACAUGGACCUCGCUACAUUCCGGGAACACUACGCGAACAACUCUGGGAGUGUAGACCGGAGUCAACUCAACUUCUUCACGAACCACAAGAACAACCCCAUGACCCAAAUCUUCGUGUAUUUCUCUGAGGAAAAGAGUGUCGGAGUGAAGACGAUGCGGAAAAUGCUGGGUAUCCUGGAGGAAAAGAAUAUUCAGCAGGGUGUCAUCGUCUUCCCGGGAAACAUGACACCAUCCGCACGGAAGGUGAUUGUGGCGAUGGCAUCGCAAUACAAGUUGGAGGAAUUCUCGGAGUCCGACUUGUUGGUGAACAUCACGCAUCACACCCUGGUGCCCAAACACGAGGUCUUGACGCCUGAGGAGAAGAAGGAGCUACUGGAGACAUAUCGGCUGAAGGAGACACAGUUGCCCCGAAUCCAACUGGCAGACCCGGUAGCCCGCUACUACGGCCUCAAGCGAGGUAAUGUGGUCAAAAUCACUAGACCCAGUGAAACGGCUGGACGCUACGCCAGUUAUCGCAUAUGCUUCUGA